AUGGCCGUUCGAACGGCCGGAAGUGACGUCACGCCGAGCGGCCGCGCUUCCGAUGACGCCAUCCAGGAGCGACGCACCCGGAAGCGCCAGCGGGGCAGCGCGGUCGCCAUAGGAACGGCCGCCAUGGGGCUGUGCAAGUGCCCGAAGCGCAGAGUGACCACUCUGUUCUGCUUCGAGCACCGCGUCAACGUCUGCGAGAGCUGCUUGGUCAGCGCGCACCCCAAGUGCAUCGUGCGGUCGUACCUGCAGUGGCUGCAGGACAGCGACUACAGCCCCCAGUGCCCCCUGUGCCACAGCCCGCUGGGGCAGCGCGACACCGUCCGGCUGCCCUGCUACGACGUGUUCCACUGGCCCUGCCUGGCGGCGUGGGCGCGGGCGCUGCCCCCCAGCACGGCCCCCGCGGGGCACCGCUGCCCCCAGUGCGGGGGGCCGCUCUUCCCGCCCCCCAACCUCCAGGGGCCCGUGGCGGAGGCGCUGCGGGAGCGGCUGCGCACGGCGCCGUGGGCCCGGCCCGGCCUGGGGCUGCCGCUGAUCGAGGACUCGGAGGAGCUGCCGGAGCCCGAGACCUCCGCGGAGCCCGACGGGGGCUGGGACGCCCCCCUGGCGCCGCCCCAGCCCCCCCCGAGCCCCCCGACCCCCCACGCCGUCGUCCACAUGGGGGGCGAGACCCCGACGCUGCACGCCGGCUCUGCCCCACGGAAGCCCCUGGGGGGCCGCGAGGCCCGGAGCCCCCCCGACCACGACGAGGACAAGUACCGGCGGCGGCCGCUGGCCUGGCUGCCCCCCAAGCUCAGGUGCCGGGCCCGGGGGGUCCCGCGGCGCCCCCUGCUGCUGCUGCUGUGCCUGGGCGGGGCCGCGGCCGCGGCGCUGCUGCUGCUGCUAUUGGCCGCUCUGGGCGGGGGCGGGGCCGACUCUGACCCCGCCCUCGAGCCGCUCAACAACCCCCACGUGCGGGUGGGGCCCUGACCACGCCCCCUGGGCGGGGCUACGCGGGGCGGGGCCAAUAAACUGCGCCCCCGUGUGGAGAGGGA